AUGGGACGAAUCUUUCUUGCCCAUCCUGGUGGAUCGAAGCUGUUUUCUUGCGCUAACUGUGACACUGCGUUGACGAAUCGAUCGCAGCUAACAUCUACGGUAAGUUUCAUAUUUUUUGCUUAAGAAUAUUAAAGCUUUAUACCAAACAAAUAUGGAACAUUUUUUAACUUUGUCGGUGGAUUUUUACAGUUCCUACCAUAGUCAAGUCUCAAGAAGUUUCUAGUUAGUUCCAAUUGUACCUUCCUAAUCCUAUAAUUAAUGGAGUAAAUGGCGAAAGUAUUCUGUUGAUUGAAAAGAAAGGUUGUUUUCGCCUCAGCCAUUUAUUUAUAUUUUAAUAUUCUACAGGAAUAUUAUAAUAGUUUUGUAUCCAUUUAUCAUAAUUUGACUUGUACGUUUGCUUUAUUCAAUAAUCGCGGAAUUUUAGUGGCCCUGCUGUUAUCGAUGUUUUUUCUCCGCAAAUCAAGUCAAAAUUUUCCAAAAUUAUUUUGCCGUUUUUUUUCUUUGUUAUGUAAGCUAAUAAGCUUAAGUCUUAGUAUAAAGGUUAAGAAAAGUAAUAUAUAUAUAUACUGUCGAUGAAGUUUAAUUGCACUAAUAUGGGCAGCAAAUAGGACAUGAAUUUUCAUUCAGUUCGAGCGUGUGAUGAGUGUAUUUGGCGGAAACAGGCACCAUUGAUUUAAAUUUGCAAAUUUCUUAUCCAUCACUCUGUGUGGAAAAUUAAAUAUGUAUAUAUGUGUCCUCAAAAAAUACCUUUGUAAUUACUGUAUUCUAAUUUAUUAUACUUCUACAAACUGGCCUUGUGAUUGGUCAAUUAUUGUUAUCAAACAUGCAUGGCUUGCUAUUUUACUGAUGAUUCAAAUACCGUAAAAUUCAGAAAAAAAGCCCCAGGGCUUACAUUUUUCAAAAGCCCUUUUUGAGGGGCUUAUCUUUGGAGGAAAAUUUGCAUUUUAAAAUCGAUUGGGCUAGCCUUAUAGUUGGAAGGAAAUUAACCAUUUUUCCUUUGUUUAACGUUGUAUUUGAGGACAAUUUUCGAAAUACAAGUCGCCGGAGGGGCUUGUAGCCUUAUAGUUUUUUACAACUGUAAAAGUGUUAUUAAAUUGAACCCUGGUUUUUAUUUAUCCGAAAAUGAACUUUACUGAAUUGUAUGUGGUAGAUGAAAAACACUAAUGAUAAUAACAUUUCUCAUCCUUCCCAAACAGAAAUUUACAGGAGCAACUGGCAGAGCAUUUUUGUUUAAGAAAGUGUGAGUAUUCUUUAUAAUCAACCUCCCCCGCCCCCGCCCCCCUUAACUGGAGACGUUUCACUAGGGAGAUUUCUGAAUUUUUGUCUCAAAAUUUCCUCAUUCCUUUUUUCAUAACAUUUUCUGCCCAGAAUCUGUUCAUGUGAGGAGCUCUAAUUUGUUUAGUAUACAUGGUUAUUAUUACAUACAGUCUUUCAUCUGUUGUUUUAUAUCAUUAACCAAUGACAGACAAAAGACUAAGAUCAAAUUUACAAUGCACCAAAUCUACCAGGCUUUAGAAAUAUGCACUAGGGGUAUAGAAUGGUAAAUUUGAGACUUUGUGAGACUGCGGGAUCCCAAGUAAGACCAAGAUUUUAAAAAAGAUUGAGACUCCAAGCUGAAAAAUCAAGAUUUAAAGAUCUGUCCAAAAUUUUCCCAGACCCACAUUUUUGGAGGAACCAUUCUAUACCCCUUGCAUUCCCACUUUGAAAAUUUUAAUUUACAUCAUCUCAAUCGAAGAGCAUAAAGAAAAAGGCCGUUAAGGACUGCCUUGAUUAGGAUAAUAAUUUGUAAGUAUCUAGUGCCCUAGCUGGUAAUUGAGCUACACUUGGUGGAUCUACAUGGUCAUAUUUUUUAUUUCAUGUAAAAUUUUUAUACCAGCUCAAUUUAUGUUUUCUAUUUUCUCACAGUUAACUGCUCAAGGCAAAGGAAAAUGCUUUCAAAAAGAAAAUGAAAAAUGGUAGCCCCAAGAAAAAGUUUAACUAAAAUAUCAAAUGAAUCAAAAUCCCAGAUCCAUCAUGACCUCUGAUAGGCUUCAAAGCGACAUAGAACGUCAAUUGUUAUAAAAGUGAAUCAACAUUUCUGUUUUGGGAGGAUUUGUGUAAAGGUGUUUUCUAAGUUUGGUGGGUUUUUUGGCUGCCAUGUUCCUUGUUUUCCAUUUCUUUCUAAAUUCCACUUCCAUCCUGUUGUGAUCUACAAAACUUCUUUGGAAAUUAUAAGACAUUUAAAGAAUAUUUUAAAAGUUUUGUGAAAACAUUCUUGCACCCAACAAAAUUACUGGAAUUGUUAAACAAAGGUUAUGGAGAAACUGUUGCUUUUUUUUCUAGGGUAAACUUGUCAUACAGUGAAGUUCAAGAUAGAGUAAUGGUAAGAAUCAAAUUUGCAAUUAUUCCUUUAUUUUUAUGCUUACUAAAGUUUAUAAUUUUUAUUAGAAGCAGUGACUAUGGCAUGGACUUGUAAGUAUGAAAAGUAGCUCAGUCAAUCACAUAGCUGUACGAAGUGUAAUCCGGCCUGUCUGGAAAGCUAGAUGGAAAUAUACCAGUUGCACUUGAUGUUUUCAAACUAGCCAUAUUAUAUAAUGGGACUAUUUUGCAGCUCAAUUUUUUUUUCAUUCAAUUUCAGUAUAUCUCUGGGAUUCAUUUGUUUAUUGAUCUUUAGAUUCUUAAAUUUUUCUCUAUAUGCAAUAAAUUGCAAGUAAUGCCAACAGUUUUCCUGUCAAUGGUUUAUUCCAGGGAUAACAUGCCGGUUUGAAAUCUACAUAUUUAUGUUAAGCUCUAGAAGUGCAAUUCCCAGACAUAAAUUUUGAACUUCUCAUUUACAUGCACACACGAAGUUGUAAAUAUGUUGCAGUGAUCCUUAAAUUACUCCUCAACCUCUAGUCCCUUUUCGCAGUACUUAUUUACCAUUUAUAAUCUCCCCUUUGCAGUUUUCUGCUGCUGAAUAAUCUGUGUUAUUUAAUGCAUAAUUAGCAUUUUUUGUUUGUUGCAGCUUACUGGAAGACAUAUGGUCAGAGAUGUUUUUUGCAAGAACUGUGACACCAAGUUAGGGUGGAUGUAUGUAAGUGUAAAUAAAAAUCCUAGCUUUAAAUGUAAGUCCUAUAUAAGAUUUUUGACCCCUUUUAUUGUCUGUGAUUGUUCCCUCACUAAUUAGAACUAAGUUAACACUGUACAGGAUGACAUAUGCGAUGAACAGAAUUUUAUUCAUUUUUGAUUAACUAAUUAAUGGUCCUUAAAAAUGCAGUCCUACUGGAAACCAAAAAUUGCUACCCCUUCCUUCUUUGUUGUUUCCUUCAUCCUUGUUGGACAGAGGGAAGGGUCGACUCUGUAAAAUACCUAACUAUAUAUGCUGCCAACUUGUAUGGGUCGAUCCUCAGUGGGGGUGGGGGGAAGCACUGUAUGGACUGGUCAACAGACCCCCACUAUAGACCCACCUUUAUGGACCCCCCAUAAAAAGACAAUAAUAAUAAUGACAGUUAGAGAUUUGACUUCCUGUUUAGCUAACUUGUGUAUUCGCUGCCGGCCUCCGAUUGCCUCCACUAUUUUGUUUGGCUCAUUCCCCCGCGUGUUCAUAGACUCAUCCCAGGCUUCACAAAAUAGUGCUCCUUCGACAACGAAAGAUGCCGAUAUCCAUUUUGUUAGAUCUGGUUAUAGUUUAAAGAAUACAUGCUGUGUGCAGCUGAACAUUUUACUCUGAGUUCGCAUCAACCUAAAACUCUGCGUAGAGAUAUUAAAAGCAGAUACCUAAGAUAACAGCAGCUAUGGAAAAUUAUAUGAUAAUUUUGAUUAGACAUAUCCCAUAAAUGGGCAACAAAUUCAACAGGAAUAUGUGCGAACUGAAUACAUUGUCUGUUGCACAUGAAAGGUUCUGCUCAACUUGCACAAAUAUUUUCCCCUGCUGAACAUAAACUGUACCGAGCCAUAUCUUGGUCUGCUAUAUAGAAGCUAUAUCAUGGUUCAAAUUUAAAAGUGCAAAAUCUCUGAAAAAGUUCUCCUCACUGGAGCAAUAUGUAAAACGUUUCCAAAGGUUUCAUGCCAGUGAAGAUGUGUGGCGUACAUGACAAACCAUGACAAAGCAAAAUAAUAGGAUGAAAAUAGAUUCUAUGCAACUUACCAUCCCACGUGCACGCCAACGCCAUUUUUACAAUCUGCGAUACUCGGGCUGAUGUGACCCCGUUGGUAUCGGGCAGCGGUAAAACCAAGAUGGCGGAAGAAAAUGGCGGGAGUUUGUUGUUCACGUAGCCGUAGUAGGCGCGAGCAGUCGUCUUGUUUAGCAUCAUGCAAAGUUUGCGGAUACUGGCGAUAUAUUCGUUUGUCAGCCUUUAUAGUACAAGCAUAGAAAUUUUAUUUGUAUCUUGGAAGCACUUUAUCCAGUCACCUUCCGAGCUUCAUGGUAAAAUGUGCAAGAGGGAGUGAUGGUAGGGGACUUUGUUAUUUGUCUGCUUGCGUUUUUAAUAUAUUUAUUUAUUUAUUUAUUUUUAUUUUAAAAAAAGAGGGGUCCAGAAGGGGGUCCAAAAAGGGGUCCAAAAGGGGGGUCCAGAAGGGAGGGUCCACAUUUUGUCUACACCCCAUCACUAGACAUCACAAGACACUGAAGGUGUGAAUCAGGUUCUGAUAGCAAAGUAUGUAAAUUUCUGAGGAUGUGGUCAACAUCCUUUUUAAAUUGAAGUCCAAAUUUGGAAUAAUCAGGGCUGUAGUAUAAUUAUUAUGUCAAAUGUUGCCCAACCAAAACCUGUUCUAAGUUAACUCCCUUCUCUCAAACGUACUUUCUUCAAGCUUCCUUCACUCUUUCAAACUUUAAAUUUUUGUGUUGAAUGCAGGAAUAUGCAACUGAGGAGAGCCAGCAAUAUAAGGUGAGAUGUAUGUUGCCAUCAAGCAACCGGCAUUUCUGAUUUUAGUCAUGUUGUCCUACAAGAUUUGACGAUUGUAUUCAUAUUUUCCUAGAUUUACUUACUAUUUACUUAAUGCAUACUGUAACUGUUUGUAGGAGGGUCAAGUGAUCCUGGAGCGUGCACUGGUCACAGAAAGUGAAGGAAUUGAAGAAAUUGGUGACUGACAGUAUACUUAUAAUGCUUCAAUAUGUAAAAAUUGUAGUUGAAUUAUUACUAAGGCAAUUAUGUAAGGGCACAUUGGUUCAAACAGACAACUGAAAAUGGUAAUUAUGUUGAUACUGGGUAAGUUUUUACUAAAAUUAUAGCAUAUUUUCUCAAUUUAAUGCCGCGCCCUGAAUAAAUGCUACUGAGGUAUAAAAGUACUGUUACAAGACUUGUAAAGCACCUUCUUCCUAUAAGCAUUUAUUCAAGGUAUGACAAAAGAGCUGUUAAGAUUUUUAGCCUAGUAAACCUCAGACUCAAAUAGCUGCGCACAGUAUUAAAGAAAUGCCUGGUCCACAACACUAAGUUUGAAGUAAAUAUAUGAGGAAUUUCAAUCAGGGGCACCCAACGAGAAUAUAGUUCAAAACCACUUAAACAUAACAUUGUUGAACGUAUUUUAGUAUUUAAACGGUAGAUAUAGGCAUGUUUUUAUCCCCUGAAAAUUUUUCAUCUGUUCGGAUUUCCUAGCUGAAGGUCUAGUGAUCCGAAAAUUAUAGGGAUCAAAACUAACCUUUUCGAAAAUUUCAGCCAGAAAAAAGGCUCCCGAAAAUUCUAGGUGACCUUUUUAGGGGAAAAAUCCGUUAAAAAUGGGCAAUUAUACCGUUUUGGGGGUGUUCGAAAAUCCUAGGAGAGGCAGGCAAGCAAGAAAUUUAACACAAAUGUUCGGAAAAUUCUAGAUCUCAAAUCGUCUUCUGAACGGAUAUUUUCCAAAAAUUGUCGUUGGGUGCCCCUGUUUCAAUGCAGAAAUACAGUAAUGUUAGUUAUACAUGUAUAAGAGUUUCUGUUUCAUCAAGUCAACCCACUCACCA